AUGAGCACUAUCACCAUGGCACACCCGCAUCUGUGCCUGCUCCUGGGGGCAGCCAUACUCUGCACUGAAGCGUUCCAUCUGCAGCAGGCAUUUGGCUACGGUAAACAGCAGGGGCAGGGCUACAUUCUGCAGCAGGGACAGGGACAUGGACAGGGACAGGGAAUAGGUCAAGGACAGGGACAAGGCAUAGGUCAAGGACAAGGACAGGGACAAGGGCAGGGGCAGGGUUAUGGUCAAGGACAGGGACAGGGGCAAGGACAGGGCAUUGGUCAGGGGCAGGGUUAUGGUCAAGGACAGGGUUAUGGCCAGGGGCAAGGGCAGGGACAAGGACAGGGACAGGGACAAGGACAGGGACAAGGACAGGGACAAGGACAGGGGCACGGACAGGGGCAGGGACAAGGACAAGGACAGGGGCAAGGACAAGGACAGGGACAAGGACAGGGGCACGGACAGGGACAGGGACAAGGACAAGGACAGGGGCAGGGACAAGGACAGGGGCAAGGACAAGGACAGGGACAAGGACAAGGACAGGGACAAGGACAGGGGCACGGACAGGGGCAGGGACAAGGACAAGGACAGGGGCAGGGACAAGGACAAGGACAGGGACAAGGACAGGGGCAAGGACAAGGACAGGGACAAGGGCAGGGGCAGGGACAAGGACAAGGGCAGGGACAAGGACAGGGUUAUGGACAGGGACAGGGCUAUGGUCAAUAUCAGGGACAGGGCUACAUCCAACAGCAGGGAUACCUUCUUCAGCACGGAUACGGAAAACCUUUCGGACACGGAAAACCUUUCGGACACGGAAAACCUUUUGGAUACGGAAAACUCUACGGAUACGGCAUGGGUUACGGCUGGAUGCGUAACCUCCGCAUGUGCACUACAUGGGGGAACUACCACUUCAGGACGUUCGAUGGAGCCAUGUACAAGCUCAAGUCCGACUGUAACUACGUGAUGGCCGCUUCCCAGUCCGGUCCUCACCCCAACUUCAGAGUGGAGAUCCGCAGGGGCCAGGGAGAGGGGUCCAAGCCCGUCAUCACCAGGGUGCUGCUGGUUCUGGAUGGGGUGUCUGUGGAGAUCAUAGCCGGAAGCGUGAGCAUUAACGGAAACCAAGUUGAGCUGCCCUGGACCUCGAGCGGGGUGCGAGUGGAGAGGAGCCACGCCUACAUCAAAGUCAAGGCCACUCUGGGACUGCUGGCCCUCUGGUGCCCAAGCUCUUUUCUUCUGGAGCUCGAUAACAAGUACAUGAACCAGACGAGCGGACUCUGCGGAGACUUUAACGGUGCUGCUUACAACGAUAUCUUAACCCACGGCAUCCAAAAGCGUCUGGGCGACUUUGCAAGGAUGUGGAGGAAGGACGGACCCACGGAGAGCUGCCCUGACGGAGACCCAGAUGUGGACCAUCCCAGCUGCGAGCACAUGCGACCUGUCUGCCAGCGCCUCUUCUUCUCCCCCGCCCUGAGCCCAUGUCGGUCUCACUUGGACGUGGACGCCUUCGUGACGGCCUGUGUGCAGGACGCCUGUGACUGCGUGAGCGAAACCUCAGAAACUGCCGAGUCCAGCUGCCUCUGCCAGACGCUCUCCGAGUUCUCCAGGCUUUGUGUCCGCUAUGGGGGGAAGCCGCAGCACUGGAGGACCAAGAAGAUCUGCUGGAGGUCCUGUCCUCUUCAAAUGGAGUACAGAGAAUGCGACAGCCCUGUGAUGGACACCUGCUCCAACCCAGACGCCAGCGGCACCAGUGACGAUUACUGCAUGGACGGCUGCUUCUGCCCCGCAGGGACAGUAUUGGACGACCUGACUGGUAAAGGCUGUAUCCCACUUCAGCAGUGCCACUGUACCUACAACGGUCAACAAUACGCCCCCGGAGAGACCUAUUCCAGCAACUGCCGCAAAUGUGUGUGUGAGAGCGGCCAGUGGACGUGCUCAUCGACCCACUGCCCAGGCAUCUGCUCUCUGACCGGAGGAGCCCACAUCACCACGUUUGAUGGAAAGCCUUACCACUUCCACGGAGACUGCUCCUACAUCAUGGCCAAGGACUGUGACGGGGACCAGUUUGUCGUCCAGGCGGAGCUGAAGCAGUGUGGCCCCUCGCCCACAAUGACAUGUCUGAAGAGUGUGGUCCUGUCUCUGAACGGAGGGGCCCACAUCAUCACCAUCAAACCCGAUGGGAAAGUGUUAGUCAACGGCAUCCACGCCCCAAUGCCCUGUUCCACUGUCAUCAUGGUGAAGCUGACGGCGGAGCUGAUCGAGCAGGCGGCCCAGUUCACCAACCCCGUGCGGGACCGGGAGCUGGACCUGCGUGGUUAUAAAAUCCCAGUACUGGAGAACCUGGGGGCCACUCUCGACCAAUUUGACACCAUUGACUUUUCCGAUAAUGAGGUCAGAAAGGUGGACGGCUUUCCUCUGCUCAGACGCCUCAAGUCCCUGCUGCUCAACAACAACCGCAUCUGCCGUUUAGGGGAGAACCUGGAGCAGUCCCUGCCCGCUCUGAGGGAGUUGGUUUUGACAAAUAACAACAUACAGGAGCUGGGAGAUUUAGAUCCACUGGCCACAAUAAAGACGCUCUCUCUCCUCAGCUUGUUGAGGAACCCAGUGACCAACAAGAAGCACUACCGGCUUUACGUUAUCAACAAACUGCCACAGAUCAGAGUACUGGACUUCCAGAAAGUCAAACUCAAGGAGCGACAAGAGGCGGAAAAAAUGUUUAAAGGCAAACGAGGGGCGCAGCUGGCUAAAGACAUUGGAAAGAAGACCAAAACGUUCACUCCAGGUGUGGGGGCACAGCAGGACAAGAAACGGACGGGACCAUCGCAGGCAGAUGUAGAGGCCAUCAAGAAAGCCAUAGCAAAUGCCUCAUCAUUAGCUGAAGUGGAAAGGUUAAAGGGGAUGCUACAAGCUGGACAGAUCCCUGGACGAGAGUUUCGACAAGGAGAAGAGAUGGAGGAGGAGGAAGAAGAGGAAGAGGAGGAGGAGCAGACUGCGGGACAUUCAGACGUACAUCAGGACAAUGACGAUGAAGAAGAAAUGGAACAGGAGCCUCACAUGAACGGCUCAUAA